AUGCUGACAUUGGGGCAGCUGGACUGCUCCUCCAUCCUGAGCUGGAGCGGUCAGAGUUCAGAGGUUUAAGGGUUAACAGGUCACAGCUUAGGUCAGAGGUCAAGCCCCUCAGCACUCCUCCACAGCGUCCGGUCCUUGACAGAGCUCACGUGGACGACUGGACCAUCCCCCUCCUGGUUCACUGCUGUGGACAAGAGAUGAGAGCGAGUUGAUUAUAGAUAGAAAUGUACUCUAUCGAAAGGAUACUGCUCUCCAUUCCAUAUAAGAGAAUGAGCAUACCUGCUCUAUCAUGUUACAUUUCUACCUUACAACCCUCUUAACAUUUCAACAACCUGAAUAAACACCAAGCUUAGCCCCCACACAUUGAUCCUGUGUGGAGCUGAUUGCAGAGCACUGUCAAAUGGAUCCUCAGCAGUUGUGGAGGGAGUUGUUGGUUCUAGCUGCUAGCGUGACAGAGGAGAAACCACACCGGGGUCAGUGAGCAGCAACAUCAACAGCAGGCUCAUCUCAUCCUGGGCGGACAGACAUUAGGCUACCCUGCUGGGCCUCCCCCUGCUACACCCACCUUUAGUCUCUCCAUGUCUCUCACUUUCCACUUGGCCUAUACGGCCACUCUGACCUGUUCAAUUCUUUCCCUCAUACCUCACUAUUCACUAUUGUGGUCCUCUGUAGUUCAAUUGGUAGAGCAUGGCGCUUGUAACGCCAGGGUAGUGGGUUCGAUCCCCGGGACCACCCAUACGUAAAAAUGUAUGCACACAUGACUAAGUCGCUUUGGAUAAAAGCGUCUGUUAAAUGGCAUAUUAUUAUUAUUAUCCACCACCUCACUCCAUCUCAUCUCACCUCCCUAUUUUCACUACUAUCCACCUCUCCUUCUCUCCUCCUUUUCCUCCUCACAUCGCCUACAAUCCCUUCCUCCCCCAUCCUCUCAUCACCCCUUCUCUCCAUCUCUCCCAAUAGACAGACCCAGAGCUGCAUGACCUCCCUCUCCUCUUCUUCUCACAUACAGCUCACACACUCCCUCACGCGCCACACACAUGCUGGGUCUGUGACAUUCUCGCUGGCUCCUGUCAGAGUGUGGAGGGCUGGAGGUAUUUAUAGAUAACCUUCCGCAGGGUCUUUGAAGUUUGAGGCACACAGGCUAGUAGGAGACCUUUAGGAAGCUGCCUAGUGGGACCACCAAGACAGGAAGAGGGGCCAUUGUAGAGACCACUCACUACAGAGGUAGUAGUAGCCUAUAUGGAAAUCACCUUGAAGACCUUAUUGAGAAAGCAGAAUUUAAUCAGUCUCAAUCAUAGCCUAAUGAAGCCUUGAAACGAUAUGGAGAAAUCACAAAUGCAACCUCAAAUCAAAUGUAUUUUCUACAUGUUCAAAUUGGUUAACGUUUAUAUGCUGAUUACGUCAUGUCUGUUUUCUUGUUAGCAACAAAGCUCUUUGUUUGGUGGCGUGACGCUGUGACUCGACCUUUGUUUCAGAGUGAGGUCAGCUAGCAUGUUAAGUAGUUUCUUUCAGACCCUGGCAUUCUGUGCUCGGUGUAGGCUAGAACAUGCUGGUAGAGUUAUUUUAACUGUACUGAAUGUCCCGGGUCGAGAGAUCUAAUUCAACUCACGUAGUAGUAAAGACAUCGAGGGAGAAAGCCUCUUGGAAUGCACAAAUGCAGGGAUCUUCAGUUCCAAACUCAGUUCAAAUUCAGAUCAAUGCAAGCCUGGCAAAAUGACUGCGGGUCACGAGGCAGAAUCUGCUUUUGAACAUUCCAGAAAUACUUUUGUUCAAAAGAUAAAUAAACUACGAGCAGUCUAAUCUAUAGCAUAUUCCUUCAUUUGGAAUGCAGAAUAUAAAUUCCUGAUGAAUCCGCAACCUCAAACCCAUAUCACAAGAUUACAGUGAUAUACAUGAACAAUCACAUAAGGGGAAAGUAGACUUUAGCCCAAAUUUGGGUUCAGGGGGUUUAGGUCACUAAAUAAAUACAUCAAACAGAAAAUGAAUCCUCACAUUCGACAACAAAAACAUUCACUGCCGAUCACCAGAUGUUGUACGCUUAGUUACAACACUGAGCUUGAAUUAACUUGUGCUGACAAGCUCAAAUAUGUUACUAUCAGAAAUAGCCAUUCCUCUUCCUGGUUUGUUCAAACACACACAUCCUUGCCUUCUGGACAUCCUCUGGAUGUUGAACGAUCUGAACAGCAUCAUUUGUAGGAGAGUCUCAGCAGCACGCUGUGUCUUGUCAGCAGUUAGACCUCAAGGUCAGGAAAUUCUUCCUAAACAGAAGUGAAAGAGCAACCAGGCGUGACAUGAACCCAGUCAGUAAACUGCUGUAGGCAUUGGGGAACAUAGCCUACCUAAACAGGGGUGUCCUCUUCUCUGCUGGUAUGAAAGGAUAGCCAUGGAAAUAGGCACUUGGCUUUACUGAGCUUUAUCCAUAGUAUUUUUUACAGACAGGCCUAUGUGUUGCUUAAUUGGUGAGAGAUCUAGGCUAUUUGUUAUGCAACAGUAUGGAUUAUUUCUAAAGGGCUGUCUACUGUUAGCCUGUGGGCUAUAAAUUAGCACAGAGACACUACAUUUAAAUUUUAGUCAUUUAGCAGACGCUCUUAUCCAGAGCGACUUACAGUUAGUGAGUGCAUACAUUUUUCAUACUGGCCCCCCGUGGGAAUCGAACCCACAACCCUGGCGUUGCAAGCGCCAUGCUCUACCAACUGAGCUACAGGCCUACAAUAGACAAACAUCCUCCCUGGAAGGAAUUGAUCAUGACAAAGGUUUCUCUCUAAAAAAGGGAAGUGUGAGACUAGCCUAGCAUGUGCCUAACUAGUCUGAAUAAUCAGGCUGUAAUACACAAUUCAUUGGUAUAUACAGCCUGAAACGAAUGCCUGCAAAAUCGUGUAAAUGUUCCCUACAAGCCAGAAUGUUGAAUAAAAUUACAUUUAAACUGGUAUUGUAUUUCCUGUUUGCCAUCUAGGAUCCCUGGUCUAUCUGGAAAAAAAAUCAACCAACCAUAACAGUAAGCUUCAGUAAGCUACAACAUUACAUUGAAUGGGAGGGUGGCUCAUGCAGGAGGUAAAGUUAACCGAAUAUCCAAUAUAAAACUAACUUUACCUGGGGCGACCAAAACCCUCUCUAAAAAGUUGGGUAAACAAAUACUUUCCUAUGGAUAUUUAGUCUCAAAUUUCAAGCAGCUGAAGGACAAACCACACAGACAACCUGUCGAUUAAGUUUAAAUGUCAUUUUAUUCAACAUUCUGGCUUGUAGGGAACAUUUACACAAUUUUGCAGGCAUUAGUUUCAGGCUGUAUAUACCAAUGAAUUGUGUAUUACAGCCUUAUUAAUCAGACUAAUGCCUAACCAGCAGUCCAGACGCCUCAGUCCUCCACCGUUAACAAACACUGGCUGGCUGGUCACAGCCGGCGGAUGAACCAAAUACCAUAAUACACACAGACACACUCACAUUAUGUCUCCUACAGCUCUACUUCUCAGGAUUGGGAAUUAUGGCUGUAAACAGCACCACUGAAAACUAACAGAACAGAACUUGAUGAGUAAAACUAUUUGAACGCUGGAGAAUUUAAAUAUGCAAAUAGGCCGAAAAGUUGAAUUAAGAAUGUCUCUGAAAAUCUAUAACCGACAUUGGUGGAUUGAGACUGGUGGAUCUACCACACACCAGUUAUUUUAGGGUGUGUUUCCUGCAUGAGCCACCCCCAUUCAAUGUAAUGUUGUAGCUUACUGAAGCUUACUGUUAUGGUUGGUUGGUUUUCUUGUUUCACAUAGACCAGGGAGAUACAACACCACCAGGGAAAACUGUUUGUUUUGUUACAGUUGAGAAAAGCAACUUGUUUUUAUAACUUUGAGGGGAAAUAAGCCAUUAUAGCCCAAUGGUAAAACUGGUAAGACAAAAGCUGUUAGUAUAACUAUGGCUGCAUUGAGAGAAUUAGACAGUCCAGUUGCUAAACCACAGACAUUAGACACAGCCCAGUAAAUGCAUGAAUUGCACAUUCCUGCUAUAGCCGACCUAGCUGUUACAUUUUAGCCUACAGUUAAUGUACUACUGUAUCUAGACAUACAGUCCCAUCAUAACAAGACUGAAGUCUCACUCUCAACAGGGAACACUGACUUAAAAUUACACAAGUGGGAAAGUUCACCCAGAUGUCUUCACAUUGACUAAUUUGCCGUGGAAAGUAAGUUAACUCAAACAUGAGGAUGUUCCAUGAACAGACAGACAGAUAGGAAAGAACAGGGGUGUACUCAUUAGUCCAAACAGUUGCAGAGUUUUGGUAGGUCCCUCCCCGUUUCGUUCACGAAACUGUUUGCAACAGAAACAGCGUAAUUUAUGCACCAGGAUAAUAACAAAAAUGAGUUUGUUAGUAGAAAAACUUUAGCUAAAGACAGACAGAGCUGGGCUCGUUUUCCCAAAAGCAUCUCAAGAACUUAGCAUAACGAUGCUUUUUGGAAACCGGGUCCUGGAAGUUGCCGUUACUUUCAGUUACGGAACAGACAGUUCUAACUGAAGAAAAAGUUACGUAAUGACACCAUUUAACAGUUUUAGGGCUGUAGAUGGCACAAAGAUAUUGAAGGCAAUGAUAAGCGGUGAGUUGAAAACACAUCCUGUACGACAAAAGUACAGAAAAAUAUACGCGUAAACAUACCUCCGACUAACUCCAAUGACGUGUCGCGCUGAAGGCAAAGGAAUGUGUCAGUAAAAAACGAGGACAAGAUCCGGUGAGUUUGACUCAACUAUUUAGGGGGAAACGUACUCAAAGGUAAAGCCUGUACUUUCUACCAUCCACUCGGAGCUUCAGUGAAGUGGUAGCUCGAAACAGGAAACAUCAAGACGUUCGUGCUGCAAGUUCAAAUGAAAUUAGUCACGGGACGGGACCACACUUCAAGAGGGGUGGAAACAUUAGCAAACAGUACCCCCCCCUAGCGGUGGAACGUGAGCAAGGCCACAACCUAAACCACGUUGUUCCAUGUGAAAUUAGUAGUGUCCCUGUGUGUCGUUGACACAAGAUCAACAGCCCACUGCCUGAAUGUAGAGCGUCAUCUUUAAUGGCUAUUAAAGGUCUUUCUGCCUGUUUGUUAAUUUCUUGUAACUUUUGUUCUAUUCUACUGUAUUUCUAUUAAAUUGUAUUAUAUUCUAAAUAUAUUAUAUUCUGGUCUAGUCUGUUAUGUUAUAUUCUGUAAUAUAUUAUAUUAUGUUAUGGUCUAGUCUGUUAUGUUAUAUUCUGUAAUUCUAUUAUUUGAUAGUUAGAGCAAAUGGAUGUCCAAGUCCUAUCUAGCAGGUGUCCCUUCCAUACUUGAAACUGUCUCUACAUGCUUGGCAGUACUUAUAUCAUCAUAACUGUGAAUGUUGACCUCUCCCUAACAGGAGGCUUGGUGACAGGAAGAGAGCAGUCCAGCAAACUGCAGCGGUACCUUGAGGUCAACAUUAAAGUGCUCCAGGAAAGUGGACGUCUGCCAAGGAACUAUACAGGGCCCUGCCCCACUCUUCAGGAAAUGUUGACUAAUCUGUCAGAUAUUUCCUCUACUGCUUUAUGAAUGAAUGUUCAUGAUGAAACAUACCACACUUCUUUCCAUGUAACUACAGUCAUACUGGCUGGCGGACUCAGGUGUUCCCAUGGCCAUAAUAGUGGCCUUUCUAUUUAAGCCUAUGGGUGGAAAUCUAUUGAGAUAAAGCUCAACCAAAGUAGGCAUUUGUAUUGUAAUAAAUUAGUUAGUUAUACACAGGGCUUAAGAAAUUGGUAUAUACACUUUUAAACUAGAUCCAACAUAUAGUGAAUUCGGGAAAGUAUUCAGACCCCUUCACCUUUUCCACAUUUUGUUACGUUACAGCCUUAUUCUAAAAUGGGUUAAACUGCCCCCCCCUCAUCAAUCUACACACAAUACCCCAUAACAAACUGAAAUAUAACAUUCACAUAAGUAUUCAGACCCUUUACUCAGUACUUUCUUGAAGCACCUUUGGCAGCGAUUACAGCCUAUAAUCUUCUUGGGUAUGACGCUACAAGCUUGGCACAUCUGUAUUUGGGGAGUUUCUCCCAUUCUUCUCUGCAGAUCCUCUAAAGCUCUGUCAGGUUGGAUGGGGACUACACAGCUAUUUUCAGGUCUCUCCAGAGAUGUUCGAUCGGGUUCAAGUCCGGGCUCUGGCUGGGCCACUCAAGGACAUUCAGAGACUUGUCCCGAAGCCACUCCUGCAUUUUCUUGGCUGUGCGCUUAGGGUCGUUGUCCUGUUGGAAGGUGAACCGUCACCCCAGUCUGAGGUCUUGAGCGCUCUGGAGCAGGUUUUCAUCAAGGAUCUCUCUGUACUUUGCUCCAUUCAUCUUUCCCUCAAUACUGACUAGUCUCCCAGUCCCUGCCGCUGAAAACAUCCCCACAGCAUGAUGCUGCCACCACCACGCUCCACCGUAGGGAUGGCAUUGGCCAGGUGAUGAGCGGUGCCUGGUUUCCUCCAGACAUGACGCUUGGCAAUCAGGCCAAAGAGUUCAAUCUUGGUUUCAUCAGACCAGAGAAUCUUGUUUCUCAUGGUCUGAGAGUCCUUUAGGUGCCUUUUGGCAAACUCCAAGCGGGCUGUCAUGUGCCUUUUACUGAGGAGUGGCUUCCGUCUGGCCACUCUACCAUAAAGACCUGAUUGGUGGAGUGCUGCAGAGAUGGUUGUCCUUCUGGAAGGUUGUCCUUCUGGAAGGAUCUCUGAUCUCGACAGAGGAAUUCUGGAGCUCUGUCAGAGUGACCAUUGGGUUCUUGGUCACCUCCUUGUCCAAGGCCCUUCUCCCCCGAUUGCUCAGUUUGGCCGGGCGGCCAGCUCUAGGAAGAAUCUUGGUGGUUCCAAUCUUCUUCCAUUUAAGAAUGAUGGAGGCCACUGUGUUCUUGGGGACCUUCAAUGCUGCAGAAAUGUUUUGGUACCCUUCCCCAGAUCUGUGCCUCGACACAAUCCUGUCUCAGAGCUCUACGGACAAUUCCUUCAACCUCAUGGCUUGGUUUUUUGCUCUGACAUGCACUGUCAACUGUGGGACCUUAUAUUGACAGCUGUGUGCCUUUCCAAAUCAUGUCUAAUCAAUUUAAUUUACCACAGGUGGACUCCAAUCAAGUUGUAGAAACAGCUCAACGAUGAUCAAUAGAAACAGGAUGCACCUGAGCUCAAUUUCGAGUAUCAUAGCAAAGGGUCUGAAUACUAAUGUAAAUAAGGUAUUUCUGUUUUUUUAUUUUUUUUAAAUGUGCAAAAGUAAAAAAAAAAAAACGUUUUCGCUUUGCCAUUAUGGAGUAUUGAGAUUGAUGAAGGAAAAAAAUUAUUGAAUCAAUUUUAGUAUAAGACUGUAACGGAACAAAAUGUGGAAAAAGUGAAGGGGUCUGAAUACUUUCCGAAUGCACUGUACGUGUAGGUUUACAGUAUUCAGAUUACGUAAUGUCAUAAAGUAUUUGUACACAAGGGGGCAGCAGAACGCCGUUUGAAAUAGAGCUGUCAUUCCACGGCUGAUGUCAUACGGUGUAUGUACACUGUGCCAGGAUCUGUUAAUACUACUACAGAAGGCAUACUGUUUUGUUCUGCAUUAAACAUAACUUGAAUGUUGUUAUUGUUCAAUUGUUUUGUUAUAAAAACUUCCAUAAUCGGCUCGGUUUGACAACAGCAUUGUGUGAUGAUUGUAGAAUCAACGGACAAAAAAUAUAAAAUAAUAUAUAUUUUUUAAAUUAUGUGGAUUUUGUCACCAUCCUCCGGAUGAUUGUAAUGACACAAUGAAUCCUAUGUGGUGACAAUACUGUUGUAUUAAUAUCACCAUGUUCAUUUGCGCUCAAAGCAACAGGCACUUUUUGGAGCGCUCCCCCGAUUCUGACCAAUCAGGUGCGAAGCCGCCUGCGCAGAUUUAACGACUCUUCUAGAAGGAGGCUGGGCGCGAGAUUCGGCGGGAUGGACAAAAAUCAGAAUGAGAAAAUAACAAAAUAGAAGUGCAGUAAACAGUGGGAGGGAGAACAGUGUGUAGGCUACAAGGCGGGUUACAGCUAGAUAAAUAUGUUCACAUCCUAUUCGAUCGGAUUCUGACAUUGCAUGCAUCGUGGUGACAUGCAAAAGAUAAGCAGACUCGUUUUUAUUUACGAUUGCACACAUUUCCUACAGCGAGAACGAGUUUGACAUGGAAGUGAACCGCUAAGCGCUAGCCAGCAAACGUGUAGUACUUUAUUUUACUGUCCGACAAUAAACUGGAAGAUUACAGACAUCGAGUGGUAUGGAUAACUGUCCAUAGAGAUCACCUAAUUCGCUUUCUAUAUGGAUUUUAGGCCAACUACAAAUAGAGGAUUCAUUCUUUGAAAAGCGUUGAUCAGCUGUCAAUAUGGCCGACAUAAAAUCGCUCAGGUGGGUGAUACAUUGUUACUAAAGUUGCCAUUCAUUAGGCUACUUACUAGCUACAUUUUUAUUGUUUCAGUUAUGAUACAAAAAUGAUUGUUGCAACAGAAUAGUUACAUUAAGGAAACUCACUCUGGACCCCUGCUCUUGCAUGGCAUUAUCUUAAGCCAGAUGUGACGUUGAUUUUGACACAUCACGAACACCUGCUCACGGUCACAUUGUAGCGUGUUAUUUAGGAUAUUUAAAUAGAGUAGGCUACAGUAAAUUACAGCCUAGUUAUGCCUAUAAAGGUUAAUUCAAAUAAUUGUCAUUUCAUUAAUACGUUAUUUGGCUGGAUAUAUGUGAAAAAUGCAUGAUUAUAUAACAGUCAAGGAUACAUGUGGCACAAAAAAUGUCUCCCUGAUUAUUUCCUGUCAAGGCCGCUCACCGACCUAUGAAUAACCAAAAUGUGUCAAGAGCUUGAUACCCAGUACAGUUGCUUAUUUUGUAGUAAGUUAGGCUAUUUCCUAAAUUGCUAAUGAUACCUUUGAUUUAAAAAAAAAAAAGAUUUGAGUUGUUGUGUGGGUUAUGUAAGUGAUUUGGUCGGUAUUGUAGCCUAUUUUGCUGGUCAAUUCAACACCAUUCAUUGACAUCUAGCCCCGAAAAGAAAACAUAGCUUUGUAGCAUCAGUAUGACUAUUAUUGAACAGGUACAACUCUUGCUAUUUUCAUCCCAGGGUACAAUUUUUUGUUGUUGUUGAUAAGAUGGCCCAGCCCUCUCUUAUUUUGGAAUGGACAUGAUUGUUUUAGGACAAAGGGAAUUCAUAUAGGUGUGUGUAUUUAGAAAAACAAAACGUUUUUGAUGCUGUAGUCUAAAUCCAACAUACAAAUGUAUUAGUCAACAUAGUGUGAUUAUUUUUGUACACCAUUCUACCUCCUUGUGUGGGUACAUGGUGGGGAAAUCCCCUAUAACAAAAAGUCCCAGAGAGUCCCAAAAUAUGGUAAACAGAGCAGGCUACCACUGUAGACUAGGCAUCUAUUGUUUUCACAAAUCAGAAUUUUCUAUGAAUUACCUAUGUUAAUGCUAAUGCAUUGGUUAUUAAAUAGACAGAGCGCUAAUGUAUUCAUUGAUGGAAAUAUUUUCUCUCUGGGGUAAGGUCAGAGAGAGUUUGUGCCUGUGAUUGGCUGAAUUAACUAUUGAUUUAUAGGCUGAUUGGAGCCUGCUCACUGCCCUUAAACACACAAACAUGACAAUUACGUAAUUUCUGUCUGAAUGAACAGCUCAGUGGCUCGUGUGUGUCCCUCUACCCCCUACCCCUUCGGUGUGCCCCAUCUGGGGGUGAAAGGGGAGGGCCAGGGUGGGGGAGGAUGGUCCUCUCUGCCUCUCUCUGCUUUACAUUUCACAUGCAAGUUCAAGUUUGAAUUGAAGUAAGGUGUGGAAACACAUCAACAAAGACAGUAUUGCAGUUUUAUAUUUUAUUCACAUGCUAAAUGAGGCAUUGAAAAAGCAUAUGAAGAGGAUGACAUGUUAGGUUCAGUUUGAUUUAGAAAAUAUAUAUUUUUGUGCCUUCGCCAACAUUAUACAUAUUAAUUACAGAGGUAUUAGACUGCGAUUAAGAUGAUCUGACCCCUACAAACGAAGAACGUGUGUGAGGGAAAGUGAGCCUCAAACAGUGCAGGCUCGCUCAGGCACCUUGGCCAAGUUCUAUAUAAGAAAUCAUAUCAAUCCCGAGUCGAUUUUGAAAAUCCAGUUUAAUUCAGCCUGGACCGUUAGGGCUGACCUAUUAGUUUAGCCACACCCAGACCUGCCUCCACGUAGCCAACGACACACACUCACACACACACACGCUCACACACACACCUAUAUACGACAAAGAGCCUGUUGAUGUGGGAGCACACACCCGGCCACUUCCACCUCGCUCUUUCCUGUAGUGAGGGAAUUAUGCUGAAAUGUUAUUGGCAUGUCCCAGUCACCACUGAAGAAGCCCUUUCAUCACAGGCCAGUACUGAAAACCUGUGGGAGGCCUUGUUCUACCCGCCACAGUGUGUGUGUGUGUGUUAGAAUAUUUGUGUGUACAUGUGCUGUGCUGGCCCGUGCCAUAUUUAGGAAGUUCAUACUUUGACCUUUUUUAGGGAAGAAAAGGAGUGCUGUAAAUCCACCCGACAGUUAAUCCCAACCAGGACGAUUGCAUUGUGCUGAAUAUUGCAUAGAAAUGCAAUAAACAGAUAUGAUAUUACUUAUUUUUCAACGUUAGAGAGGCAUGUUAAUGCUACAAAGGCUACUGAAGGACUCCAGAUUGUAUGGGGCUGUGGCUGACCUUGGGUAGCUUAACCUUACUGUACAAUUAGAGUACAUAUAGGCCCAUAGUAUGUUUCUGUGGUAUUGCCCAACCUCAGACUCUUAUUUGACAGUAUCUGGAAUGCAAUAAGGGCAACAGCUCAGUAUACCUGUUGGCAGCUGUGGUGUAGCUCUCAGCAGUUAGAACAGUGUCAGUGUGAACUUAUAGGUUAGGUUUGCUCCGUGGUUACUCUGGGCAACCGGUGUCCUCAGCCUCCUUCCUGUUUGUUUAUUAGACGUUCUACCCCUGGCACAACGUGACGCCAUGAAGGAAGUGUUGCCCAGCAACAAGACAUUUCUAUGGACAGAGAUAAGUGUGCACAACUACUCUCUCUGGUGGCAGAGUUUUUCACAUUGGAGAAGGACAAUCUGUGUCCAGUAUUACAAAAGAGUUUGACGUUGGAGAAGGACAAUCUGUGUCCAGUAUUACAAAAUAGUUUGACAUUGGAGAAGGACAAUCUGUGUCUAGUAUUACAGCCUUUUGGUCUCUGAGAAGCAGCAAGUAUCUAAUAGAUUGGAGAUAAACGUUUUUAAGUUGGCACUAUAUUCCCAACAACAACAGUCAAGGCAAAAAGUGGACAGUUCUGUGAAGGUGGAUUUGCCCCAAAAAGGGCAACAGUUGUUUCACUAUAACCAAUAAGUCUAGCUCUUACCCUUUUACCACCUAGGCAUAGAGACUGCCACAGCCAGGCAUCAUUAUGUCUGAUCUAGUGUGGAACAGGGGAGGCUAGGCUACUCUAAUUAUGGUCAGGAAUGUCCUGUUUAAUAUGAAUCUCUGCGCUGUUUCCGGCUGCACGCCACGCACUGAGACUGAGACUACUGCCAAUCCUGCUUCACCAUGAAUUACUCUGUGCCUGCUCAAUCCAUUGACCUCUGAUUCAGUUUUAAAUUGGGCGGUUAUUUGUAAUGGGCUAUCAGUGGUUUGGCGCUGUAUGUGACUCAACACUGUGUCUCCCGAGUGGCGCAGUGGUCUAAGGCACUGCAUCGCAGUGCUAGCUGUGCCACUAGAGAUCCUGGUUCGAAUCCAGGCUCUGUCGUAGCCGGCCGUGACCGGGAGACCCAUGGGGCGGCGCACAAUUGGCCCAGCGUCGUCCAGGGUAGGGGAGGGAAUGGCUUGCAGGGUUGUGGGUUUGUUUCCCACGGGGGGGCAGUAUGAAAAAAAAAAAAAACAUAAAUUGUUUUUAUGUAUGCACUCACUACCUGUAAGUCGCUCUGGAUAAGAGCGUCUGCUAAAUGACUAAAAUGUAAAUGUAAGUUGUGGCAUGAAUAAUGUACUGUUCCUGUUUGUCUUUUUCUGUUUUAGUGAUGUCACUAGUUCUGAGUCAGUUAUGUUGAUUAAUUAUUGAUUAUAAUGAAAUGUGAAACUAGUAAUGUUUGAUUAUAAUGAAGUGAUAUGAGUAAGCUUAGUUUUAUGUAAUCACUUUUCUGAACAGUUAUCUGCCCUCUCUCCCCUCCCUCUACCCCCUCUCUCUUCCCUCUCCCCUCCCUCUCUCUUCCCUCUCCCCUCCCUCUCUCUUGUUCCUCUACCUCCCUCUCUCUUGUUCAUCUACCUCUCUCGCUCUCUCUUUCCUCUCCCUCUCUCUAUUUUCUCUCUCGCUCUCUCUUUCCUCUCCCUCUCUCUAUUUUCUCUCUCUCGCUCUCUUUCCUCUCUCUCUCUCUCUCUCUCUCUGUCUCUCUCUCUGUCUCUCUCUCUGUCUCUCUCUCUGUCUCUGUCUCUGUCUCUCUCGUUUUUAGUGAGUCUGAGGAUGAAGAUCUACACUCCACAGAUCCUGAGGGUAAGGACAAGAGCAAAGACAAGAAGAUACUGUGCAAAGUCAAAUGGUCUCGCGAUGAGGUGGGUGAAAGUAGAUAUUUUGUUGUUGCCCGUGUUGUGUAAAUGUGUGCUGUGUUGUUCAACACUGUUGGUUUAUCAUUUAAUUGACUGGUGCAAUCUGCUGCUAUUGUAUUGCAUGAUAUGUAGGAAGCCCUAUAGUUCCCUCUACUAAGGGUAAGUGUGUAGGGCGUUUACUUUUCUGAAUCACUGGAGAUACAGGGAGUGUCUCAGUAAGGUUGGCUCCUCACUGUCUCUCUCUCUGUCUCUCUCUACUCUCUCUACUCUCGCUCUCUCUGUCUCUCUCUCUACUCUCUCUCUCUAUGCCCUCUCAUCUCUGUCUCUCUCUCUCUCUCUCUCUCUCUCUACACUCUCUCUCUAUGCCUUCUCCUCUCUGUCUCUCUCUCUCUCUACUCUCUCUCUUCUCUAUCCUCUCUCUAUGCCUCUCUCUCGCCUCUCUACUCUCUUCUAGUGCCCUCUCCUCUCGCUCUCUCUUCUCUCUCUCUAUCUCCCUCGCUCUAUCUCUCCUCUCCUCUCUCUCUCUCUCUCUCGUCCUCCUCUCUCUCUUCUCUCUCUUCUCCCUCUCUCUUCUCUCUCUCUCUCUCUAUGCCCUCUCCUCUCUGUCUCUCUCUCUGUCUCUCUCUCUACUCUCUCUCUCUGCCCUCUCCUCUCUGUCUCUCUCUCUCUACUCUCUCUCUAUGCCUUCUCUCUGUCUGUCUCUCUACUCUCUCUCUAUGCCUUCUCUCUGUCUCUCUCUCUACUCUCUCUCUCUAUGCCCUCUGUCUCUGUCUCUGUCUCUGUCUCUGUCUCUGUCUCUGUCUCUAUCUGUCUCUCUCUGUCUCUCUCUGUCUCUCUCUCUCUUCUCUAUGCAGGACGAGAGGCUGAAGAAGUUAGUGGAGCAGCAUGGAACAGACUCCUGGAAAUUAGUAGCUAAUAAUUUCCCAGUAAGUGGUACAAAUUUCCCAGUAAAGUACAGAGCCUUCUGUAAUACGCACACUAACACAGUAACGCACAUGAGAACUACACUGAGUGGACAGAACAUUAAGAACAUCUGCUCUUUCCAUGACAUAGACUAUCCAGGUGAAAGCUAUGAUCCCUUAUUGAUGUCACUUGUUAAAUCCACUUCAAUCAAUAUAGAUGAAGGGGAGGAGACAGGUUAAAGAAGGAUUUUUAAGCCUGGAUACAAUUGAGACAUGGAUUGUGUAUGUGUGACAUUCAGAAGGUGAAUGGGCAAGACAAAAUAUUUAAGUGCCUUUGAACGGGGUACUGUAGUAGGUGCCAGGCGCACAUGUUUAUGUCAAGAACUGCAAUGCUGCUGGAUUUUUCACGCUCAAUAAUUUUCCGUGUGUAUCAAGAAUGGUCCACCACCCAAAGGACAUCUAGCCGACUUGACACAACUGUGGGAAGCAUUGGAGUCGACAUGGACCAGCAUCCCUGUGGAACGCUUUCGACAUCUUGUAGAGUCCAUGCCCUGACAAAUUGAGGCUGUUCUGAGGGCAAAAGGCGGGGGUGCAACUCAAUAUUAGGAAGGCGUUCUUAAUGUUUUGUCCACUCAGUACAUUAUCUGGAUAAGAAAGGUGAUAAGAUAAGUCCCAGGUGUUGUGUGAGGAGGGGUUAUUAGCCAGGGUGAGUGAAUAGCUAUAAUAACUCAUAGGGGGACAGCUGCAGCUGCAGGUGGGUUUGUGUGUUACUGAGGUGUUGUGCUCUGCUUUGUCUGUCUGUCUGUCACAGGGGAGGACAGAUGGCCAGUGUCAGCACCGCUGGCAGAAGGUGCUCAACCCAGAGCUGGUGAAAGGACCCUGGACAAAAGAGGAGGAUCAAAAGGCAAGUAGAGAUGGGAGUUACCCCAACCUGGUAUGGAGGGAGGGAGGGAGGGAGAGGGGAGUAGAGGGAAAUAAAUGGGAAGGGAGGAGGGGAAGAGGUAGAAAAGGAAGGUAGAGGGCUUUAUUGGAGCAGGUCAUUGAUAAUACAAACAAGCUGCAGUAUAAACAUCAAAGACCUUUCUCUUUUGUAAUCUGAAACAUUGAAAGGAACAUGCAGUACACAUGCUCCUAUCCUGCGCUGUAUCCCUGUUGGCAGCCCCUGCAGUAGUUUUCAUUGGCUGUGCAAACAUCCCACUACCUCAUGCUUUAAAACAACUAAAACGACCUCUACCUGGUCCUCAGCCCAGUCCCUCCUCAGCCAGGCUGUAGGCUCAAAUCUCUCAUAGUUGGAAGGUGAACAAUGCAUUCCUUAAAUAGAACUACAUGACGCUUGGCUGCUGGAAUGUCAAGAAUGGGGUCUUGCUCCUCCAACAUCUAGUCCUCACAUGCCAGUGAUAGGAUUGUUCUGGCUUGCCCUUAGUGACAUGCUAGAAGUAAGAUAUUCAGGAACAUAAUAGCACUGGCUAGUGUGGGACUGCUGAGAGAUGACAUCACACAUGUUUGGCUCCACGAUAGAAGUGUUAUGGCAACAAGUUCUACUUAUUCCGCUUCAUUCUGGACAUUCUCUGAUGUUGCCAAUGAUGAUGUGGCAGCUCUGUUUGUGCAGUAAGGGGCUGUAGUGGAGUUUCAUAAAUGGCCUAUAUCCCUCCAAUAAUAGAUUAAAUAUUAUACAGUAUGGAUAUUUUUAGAGGUCCAGAGGAAUGCCUGUCUGGAUUGCAUUGUUAGAAGUCACUUACAAUUCCCUGUCUUCUUUGUUUGUAUGUGUGUGUGUGUGUAUAGGUGAUCGACCUGGUGCACAAGUAUGGCCCCAAGCGCUGGUCGGUGAUCGCUAAGUACCUGCAGGGACGCAUCGGAAAGCAAUGCCGUGAGCGCUGGCACAACCACCUGAACCCUGAGGUAAAGAAGUCCUCCUGGACCCAGGAAGAGGACUGCAUCAUCUACCAGGCCCAUAAACGCCUGGGCAACCGCUGGGCUGAGAUCUCCAAGCUGCUGCCUGGAAGGUAAUGAGUGAUAUACUGUACAGUUCUAUGCCUGAGGUAGUGGGUGGUUGCAACUCAAUAGAGUUAAAUGGAUUCCCUUCUUCUCCUUGUCUGAUCUCCUUCAAUACGGUGAUGGCUCCAACUGGUGGUGCCAUAUUGCUUACAGCUACAUUAUUGGCAAAUGGGUUGGGCCUAGGGCAUAAGGUUUGUUUGGACCAGUCUAAAAUCUCAUCACGCUUCUAGGACGGACAACUCCAUUAAGAACCACUGGAACUCGACCAUGAGGAGGAAGGUAGAGCACGAGGGGUACCUCCAGGAGGGCUGCAGGGGAUUUGGCUCCGACAAUGGGGGGUUGAAGAGCCGUCACCACAGACCCUGUCCCCCCCAACCAGACACCCCCCACCACGGGCACAGCCCUCUAGGCAUGGAAGGACCAACACCGGUGAGACACGGGCCUCUCAGUUCAGAGCCUCUGCAUAGGUUUGUCUUGAUCAUCCGGUUUGUUUGAGUUUUGAAGGCUUGUUGUUGAUGGGUCUGUUCCUGUGCUUUGUAGCUUAGGGGUUACCCUUAUAGCCCUCACUGUGGACAACUGAUGGACAGCCUCCAAGACUCCUCCAGCUACUUAUCGGUGAGUGACCUGUCCCUUACAACUGACACAGAGUUAGGUGUGUUGUUUCCUGAAAAUGUGCAACAUUUGGACUGAAGAAAGGACAUCUGAUCCUAAAUCAGUAGGCAAGUCAUCCAAUCCUGUCCACUUUCCCCAUCAUAUACUUUCCCACUGUACUACCUUCAGUCUGUACUUUUUAUUAAUCAGUCUCUCAAUCAAACAACUGAACGAUCUCCCUGAAUUCUUGCUUCUUCUGUGUCUUUUAACAAAUGUGUGGAUUGGUGUUAAUCGGAAUAAGCCUUUGAGUCUGACUUGCAAGUAAAUUUGUGGUCUCCUUCCUUCCCUGCGUUCCUUUUCCUCACUCCCUCCGUCCUGUCCUCUUCUCCUUCCCGUGUGUGUUUAUUCCAGCCGUCCUGCCAUGACGACCCAGACAAAGAGCAGAGAAUUAAGGAGCUUGAACUGCUGCUUAUGUCAGCAGAGACCGAGGUCCGGAGACAGGCCCAGUGCCGAGGCCCAUGUGUAAGGACACACUCUCAGUGUGUGAGCUCGUAGUUGUACUGUAGUGUUGCCGUAGUAGCUUACCCCUCUCCCCACACUCCCGUUAGUUGUGCUUCGUAGUUCUACCCCUUCCAUCCCCAUUUUCAGUGCUUCCUGCCAUCCCGCCAUGCGGCUGCCACCAUAAACCUCCUCUACUCUCCCUCCCUCCCGCCCUCCUUCCCUCCAUCCAGCCUCCUAUCUGCUCCUCACAGCAGUAGUGAACGGGGGUGUCACUUCAGCCAGCAGUUUGGUUUGGAACCAAACAUGCCUUAUUUUUAAAAUAAAAAAAUCCAACCCGUCCUUUUUUCACUCCUACUUUUUUACCACACAAAUGUGCUUCUAAAGCAGAAUUCCCUCCUCUGAGACUAGCCUUGACUUUUACUUUCUUCAUUUAUCUGAUUUUCACCUGCAUUGAAGACCAAACUAUUAUGAUGAUGUCAGUGGUUCAGAUGUUAUCUGAUAAAUCUCUUAGUGCAGUGCAACCCAUGCUUACCACUGACUAUUGUCACCCCACUUGUACAGUAUGUGUCCUGCCCUGUACUCUCCCUCCUUUCUCUCUCACACCAUCCCAACAUCUGGCUUUCACCAGGGGCCUAAAGAGUUCCAAUGAAGUUUAAAGUUUAAAACUGAGGGGUUAAAUUUGGCUGUUGGGAGAUUAGGUUUGGGGUGUACUUUUGGGGUUAGAUUGCUUUUCCCUUGUCAACUCAACUUCAUUGAAACUUCUUUGAAAUGUCAUUGAUCCAACCCUGUCCUGUACUGUAGCCCUGGUUGGUCCUGCCACCACCAUCACCUCCACCCUAACCCCAGUUUCUUCUCCCCUAGAAUGUAGAGCGUUACUCCAGCUGGGCAGACAGCGUGUCAGAUGACACCAUGACCACCAGCAGCAGCAGUCUGGAGGAUCAGACUGAGGGAGGCUGGAGGGGGGCAGAGAAGGGCCGGGUGCCCCCAGUGGAGCAGGCUGAGGAGGGCUGGAAGGGCCCAGAGGAGGGCCGAGGGCUCCAGGUCCAGCACGACGUCUCCCCCAGUAAAUUCCUGUCUGUGGAGGCUAAUUCCGUGCUCUCCACCCUGCAGGCCAUCCCAGAGUUCGCAGAGACCAUGGAGCUCAUUGACUCGGUGAGUGUGUAGAUCUGCAUUUGGUGUCUGUGUAUGUGGCAGUGUGUGUUUACAUAUACCAGACCCAGAGCAUGGAUGUAUUGAAAAUCCAUUGUAGAUGUGUCUGCCUCUACAGGACCCUAUGGCGUGGAGUGAGGCGGCCAGCUUCGACAUGUCUGAGACGACGACCCCCCCGAAACAAACACAGGGGGGCUACGCACCCCAGGGGAGGACCACAGAGGGGAUGAGGAAUGCAGUUGACCCCCCCAACGGCAUCUCCACCAAGCACUGUACCCCCAUGGGUCAGGGGAAGGUCCACCCCCACACCCCGAACAACGUGCCCAGAUCGAGUUUGCCUACCCUGGGGAGGAGGAAGAGGAGAGAGAGGGGGGACCAGUCCCCUGAUAGGAGCUGCCCGUCCUUCUUAGACUCGCCCAGCAUCAACUCGCCCAAGAACACCCCCACGAAAGCACUGCCUUUCUCCCCCUCCCAGGCAAGCCUGAUGCUAGAGAUGAGGUCAAGCUAAAGCAUGAUGGUGCAUCUGGCUCUUGCAGUAUAGUCUGUUAAAGUCGCUUACUUUAGACUCCCACUUUCUUCUUCAUCUACCUUCUCUGACUGUUGUGAUUAUGUCUUUCUCCAGUUCUUCAACACAUCAGGAGGAGAGCGUCUGAGCCUGGACAACCCAGCUCUGACUUCCACCCCGGUCUGUGACCAGAAGUGUCUCCUCAACACACCCUUCCAGAAGGAGACCACGCCCAAACACCAGAAAGAGAAUGUGAGGUAAGAGAGUUGGCUACAGGUUCCUCCAUAUUUUCACAAUUGAGUAAUUGGCUAUAUUAUGUGUGUGUUGAUGGAUUGAUUUCUUCAUUUUGGCAGGUGUUGUAAGAAUUUCUGUCUUUGUCUCACUCAGUUUCAGGACCCCUAAGAUCCGUAAGUCCAUCAUGGUUCUGACUCCCAGAACUCCUACUCCGUUUAAGAAUGCCCUGGCCGCCCAGGAGAAGAUGCAUGGGCCGCUAAAGAUGGUGGUAAGUGUUAGUGUGAAGUUGGUCUAGCUAUGUGCACUGUAGUCUAAGUAUUUAUAAUUGAAUGUGUGUGCUUAAGAGUGUAAGUACUUUGUGACAGUGCUCAUAUUAAUGUAAGUAUGUGUGUAUAUUUCAGCCACAGCCCCUGGCCUUUCUGGAGGAAGACCUCAGGGAGGUGCUGAAGCAGGAGAUUGGAUCAGACUUCUUCACCAGAGAACUACAACCAGACUUCAGGACAUGGAAACAUGAUGUAGGUGUUUUUUACAGAACUGUAGUUGUUAGUGCUGGCCGUCUUUAAAGGUAUCCAGUCUAACCACAACCUUGUCCCUGUUUCCUCCCAGGUGGAUGGCCCAGCCAGGAAGGUGCGUAAGUCCCUGGUGCUGGACUCCUGGGGAAAAGACUGUCUUAACGUCCAGCUAUUCCAGGAACAGCGCAAUAAUGCACAGGUGGGUUCUGGAAACUAAUUAAUCAGACUAAUCAAUGAACUAAUCAAUCAAUUCAUCAGUCAACCAACCAACAAAUCAAUGUCUACCCCUCCUUGCCCCCCUCCAGGUCCCUGAGGAGAGUUUCCUGACCAGCUCCUUACUGAUGAACCCCCUCCCAGUGAGAGACAGGGAGGAGCGCCCCUGCCCCCCCUUGUCUGGGAGGGAGGGGUCCUGUGCCCCCCUGCACCGCCUCCCCAGCCCCCGCAAGCAGAAGAACUCUCCUUCGGUCAGAAUGUCCCACAACGCUUCACUUAGACAGGUACACACAGACCUCUCUCUUUGGUGUUACUCCUAACUAACUUCAUAUUAUUGCGCUUCAGAUUAUUUAUAUAAUGACAGAGGGAAAAUGUUGUCUGUCCAAAUUAUACAGUAUGUUGGGUUCAGCUGGCCACUUUUCAGUAAACAUUUCUUUAUUGAGCAUCAAGGUCUUGGCUGUCACAAGGGGAUAGAGGGGUUGAGAGGUGGGAGAGAAUAAUAAUAUCUUCUCAUGCAGGUAAAAAGCGAGUGGGAAGCAGUGGUUUAUGGGAAGACGGAGGACCAGCGGAUCAUGACCGAGCAGGCCCGGCAGUAUCUGGGUAGUACCUACCCGUCCUCUGCCUGCACCUCGAGGGCCCUCGUGCUCUGA